UAGUGCGUUCCAUUUCCGACCUCCGAUUUGUAAAACUCAUGGGUUUGUUGUCAUUAUUGGAAGUGGCGUUCAUUCCCAAUUUGCAGGUCCUUCUGAUGUGCUUAGUGGGGGCAUUUUUGGCCACUGAUUACUCCAAUCUUCUUCCGGCCCAGGCUCGAGCCUCUCUCAACAAGAUCGUCUUCGCUGUGUUCACUCCUUGUCUCAUGUUCGCAAAUUUGGCCCAAACAGUCACUUUUCAGGACAUUGUUUCAUGGUGGUUCAUGCCUGUCAACAUUGCUCUUACCUUCCUGUUUGGAUGGGUUUUGGGUUGGAUACUUAUUAAGCUUCUCAAACCCAACCCGUAUCUUGAAGGCCUUGUCAUGGCUGCCUCUUCUACUGGCAACUUGGGAUACCUUCUUCUCAUCAUUAUCCCUGCUAUUUGUGAUGAAAAUGGCACCCCUUUUGGCGACCAUGAUACCUGUUCUUCUCUUGGACUCUCUUAUGCAUCCUUUUCCAUGGCGCUAAGUGGGUUUUGCCAAUGGACUUAUACUUACCAUCUUGUGAAGACCUCCUCCUUGCGAUUGAAAGCCUUGGAGGAGCAGUUGAUAUCACCCAGCCACGCCUCCAUUGGCGACCUGCAAGCUCGCCUUCUCCCUGAACAAAAUGGCCCUGUUUCACUCCCAUCAAGCAAGGCCUUCCAAGAGAUUGAAUCCCAAGAAGUAGAGGGCAGCUUAGAGAAACGGGAAUCAUCAACGUCGUCCAUUUGGGCUAAAACGCUAGACUUUUUGCGCCGCAUUGUUCAAGAGUCGAUGACCCCUCCAUCAUUAGGAGCCCUUGUGGGAUUCAUCUUUGGAGCGGUGUGGUGGCUUAGAAACCUGGUUGUUGGGGACAAUGCUCCAUUUCGAGUACUCCAAGAUUCUGUUCAACUGCUCGGAAAUGGGACGAUUCCUUGCACCACUCUGAUAAUGGGCGGUAACCUGACUCAAGGGCUAAGGUCGUCGAAGGUGAAGCCUAAGACCAUUGUCGGAGUGAUUGCGGUUCGGUACUUUGCGCUGCCGGCAAUUGGGGUUUUGGUUGUGAAGGCGGCCGACACAUUGGGCUGUUUGGCGGCGGAUCCUCUUUACCACUUCAUGUUGAUGGUUCAGUACACCACGCCGCCGGCUAUGUCCAUUAGCACAAUGACUCAGUUGUUCGGUGUUGGUCAAGAGGAAUGCUCUGUUAUUAUGCUUUGGACCUAUUUGGUCGCUGCCCUUUCUCUUGCUCUUUGGGGUGCAAUCUUCAUGUGGAUCUUGUCUUGAUUCUUUUUUUUUUUUUCCUUUUAUUAUUAUUUUUACUCCGGGGCUGAGAGUAUUUCUUUUCCUUUUAUUAUUAUUUUUACUCUGGGCUGAGAGUAUCGUGGCUAGGAACCGUAGUGUCGAUUCAAAUUCCUUCCCUUUGAAGAUAGAAAAAUCAUGAUCGAGAUAAUAGACCCAAAGCUGGGCGUGGGUCUCUUUGUCAGGGUAGAAUGGUGUCACCCAUUUUGUAUUCGUUUGCUCGGUUGGAACGGAAGGAAUAUUUUUGUUUGGUUUCAUAUAAUCUUGAUGAUUACUAUAUUUGUCCAUUAAAACAAAUUGAGUGAUAUCUAUGCUCUAA